AGAGUCAUGUUGUUAGGGAAAGGAAGGACACUCCGAUUUCUCUGCGCAAUCGCACUGCUUGCCGUACACAAGGGGGCAACAGAACAAUCGGAGGAUGAUAGCAUACGAAUGCUCUCCACUUCAAGUAACUUGAAUGUCAUACAAGGUUCUACAGUCCUGCUGCCAUGCAAUGUGCUCAAUCUCGAUCGAAAAGUGAGAAUCUGGAAACACCUGCCAUCCCGGAUAUUAUUCUCUGGGACAAUAUCAGUGUCCCGAGAUGCAAAGAUCCAUUUGGUGAAUGGUUCCUCACUACGCAUUGACGAUAUAACGCCCCAGUAUGCUGGGGAAUAUGUUUGUCUCAUUAGUCAUCACCAUUUCCUUAAUGUGACUCAUAGAAUACAAGUUUUAGUUUCUCCUUCUAUAGAGCAGGAACCACCAAACGGCAAAGCGGUAGUUCGGAAAGGUAAUCAGGCAACGAUAACCUGCAAUGUAUCUGGAAUUCCGAAACCAGUGGUCACGUGGACUCAUGAGCACAAUGGAGUUCAGUCUCCACAAUUACCUAGCGGAGUGCGGCAAGUUCUGGGUGGUGCGCAGUUGCAAAUUGCAUCAGUGGAUGUUCACCAUGCUGGCGUAUACAGAUGCACAGCGGACAACGACGUCGGGGAACCAGCUGGAGCAGUUUUCAGUUUUACAGUGCUUUAUGCUCCUGAAUUGACUGUCAAGCCGGAAUGGAUCCAUGGAGGUGAGGGCGCCACAGUCGAAUUCAUGUGCACAUGCCAUUCAGCUCCUCCCUCUCAUAUCACAUGGGUCAAAGGUGACCCCAAGCAAGACACGCCUCUCCAAGCCAAUGAUCGUAUCAAACUACGUGAGAAACUUACUGUGCCCACAACAACAGAAUCCUGGCUCAAAUUGACGCGGCUGCGUAAAGAGGACCUCGGUUCCUAUGCUUGCGUAGCCAAAAACCAAGUCGGUCAAUCUUUCAAAAUGGUGGAGUUAUCAGGAUUGGCAGAGCCUGUUCAACUUCGAGGUGACGAGACAGGAGAAACUAGCUUUUUGCUGACGUGGACGGCCAAAUCUUACAGUCCAAUCAUAGAGUACCAGCUUAAAAUACGAAGACAUAAGAGUGACGAUGAAUGGACGGAUGUCAUGAUUCCUGUAUCGGAAGAAGGUUUGAAGCAGUCUAUGUUUUUCUCUCAUUCCUAUAACGUCACUGGACUCGAACCGGGAACCCGUUACGAGGUCGUCCUCCAAGCGCACAAUGAUUACGGGUGGAAUAGGCCUUCGGAAACUUUGAUCUUCAGCGCAGGCUCCCCGCCUGUAACAGAGCCCGUAGAAGAAUCUACAGAACCUACCGGCCUACCUCUGUACGAUAUAGAAUUAGAUAUCACUGAUCCCACAUACCUAAUACAAGGCUCAUCCAGAAUUUUCCACUCUUACCCAUUGAUGUAUAUCUGCUUCCUGAUUGGCCUAUGGAUUCUGUGACGUCAUACAAGAUCCUGUUAUUGUUAAGCGAAUUACCUCAUUGAAAAGGAAACGUGAAUAGAAUGAUCCGUGAACUGCUGAAAAAGGGAUUCACGCUUUAUCAAACGAGGUUCAUCUUUAGAGAACUAAUUGUUGACGAACUUCUAGAUAAGUUAAGAAAACACAUCUGCCGUUGUUUCUCAAAUCAAAUUUUGUGUGUCACAUUUAUUUUUGUAUAGUUGUAAGGCUCAAACAAUAUGUUUACUCCUGGAAUUAAUUAAUCCGUCAAGGACAUUGUGACAAUGUUCGUAUAAACGUUCAACAAAUACUCAGGAAUAACUGUCUAUUGUUUGUCUAUCACUCCAACUAGUACAGAAAAAGUCUAUAAUGAGACGUCAAAUUUACCUACUUUUGUUUAACUUGAAUGUCUCAUGCUUGUAAAUGUGGAUUUUGUUAUUAUUUUUUAUUUCUUUCUUUUUUGUGUGUGAUAGGAUUCUGAAAAUUUUUACAGUUUGUCCUCUCGACUAUUAUGUUAAUAUUUUUGGAAUUUGGUUACCAGUUAAACAAUUAAUUUUAUUAAAUUAUAAUUUUACAUGAGUGGCGCCAUCUCUUAGUGGAUAUCAGAAAGAAAUGCUAUCAAAAUUCCAUAAUAUUUAAAUGAACCAAAAAUUAGAGUAAAAGAUAAAAAAUAAUGAAAUAAAAAAUAUUCUUACUUAAAUGAAAUUUAAAAAAUAUUAGUCUAAAUUCUGAUAAAAGUGUACCUUAAAAAUUUAUUUUAUUGAUUCAUUUUACAAUUGGAUUUUACAACUGUUCAGCCAACCAAAUGAAACUGAAUAACUGAAACACUAUUUCUAGAUUGGUCGUGGUAGAAGGUGUAAUUUUUGAUAAUCGCUGAUUAUAUUAAUGAAAAAGACUUUAUCUCGAUUAUUAAUUGAAUAUAUUUAUCAAAAUUGAUUUUUUAGUAAAGACUUGACGUCUGUAUUAGUUUUUGACGUCUGUAUUAUAUAUAUUAAGACUAUCAAAAAAGUUGUGAACUUUUUCAAAGAUCUGAAAUCACACAGAUUUAUACUGUCUUCAAGGAACUCUCAUCUCAUCAAUUACGAUAAUUGAUCAUUUGUCGUAAUAUCUCUUUAGACUUCUAUUUACUGCAUAUUGUAAUCCCCAUUGCAGUUGAUUAUUUAUUCUAUGUAAUGGCAGCUACAUUGAAUGCAUCAGCUGUAUUUCGUAGCAGUUGAAGUAGUCAUUACCAUAUGGAAUUUGUUAUUAAAAUUUUACUCAUUUCUUUA